GGCGGGAAGCCUGCCCUCAGGCAGGGCGGUCGUGACACCGCCCCGCCCCGGCGCAUGCGCGGUAGCCUCGGCGAAAUGGAGGCGGCGGUGGAGGAGGAGCCGAGGCGGCGGAUCCCGCUGGUGCCGGAGAACUUGCUGAAGAAGAGGAAGGCCUACCAGGCCAUCAAGGCCACCCAGGCCAAGCAGGCGCUCCUCAACAAGCGGAAGCACCAGAAGGGGAAACAAAUCCAGUUUAAACGCCUUGAGACUUUUGUUCAAGAUUCGUGGCGCAAACACCGAGAUGAUGUCCGGCUGAGGCGCAUGGAGCAGAGACCGGGACAGACGCCUGUACCUCAGGAGCACAAACUAGCCUUUGUUGUGCGGAUUGUAGAUAUUAAGGGAGUGAGUAGGAGGGUAAAAAGAGUGAUUGAGUUGCUGCGGCUGAGAAAAAAUUUCACUGGAACGUUUGUUAAACUGACUCCUUUAUCGCUGAAGAUGCUGCGCGUUGUGGAACCUUACGUGGCGUGGGGACACCCUAACCUGAAAUCUGUACGAGAGCUCAUCCUGAAACGGGGCCAAGCCAAGAUUAAUAAAAAGAGGAUGCCUCUGACAGACAAUAUGCUGAUAGAGGAACAUUUAGGGGCCUAUGGUAUUAUUUGUCUGGAAGACCUUAUUCAUGAAAUCUACUCAGCUGGGAAGCAUUUCAAAAAAGUCACAAACUUUCUAUGGCCAUUCCAUCUGUCAGUGGCUCGCCACGCUUCACGUAACAAAGUGGGCUUCCUCAAGGAAAUGGGUAAGCCUGGCUGCAGAGGUGAAGCAAUCAACCAGCUUAUACGUCAGCUGAACUAGCCAGGGUCUUUGUGAAAACUUCAGGACUUACAACCUGCUCCUUUUCAUGGACGCCCUCUCUACGUAGUGAUAUGGUGUAUCUCUUGACUGUUGGUGCCUCUAUGAAAGAAGAAAAAUACACAGACAGUGAUGGAGAUGGACUUUGGGCUUGUCCUUCUUAAAGGAGAAGAUAAAUUGUAUUUGGUACAAGAAGGAAGUGACUUGAACUUCCCAGAGCAAUCUGACUUCUGCAUUGAUGUAAAACAAGUGGUUUUUUUAUACUCAUUAGUGCUGGCUCUGUACCAGUCACCUCCUGAUCUCAUCUUUGGUAUAAAGCAGUGGUUCUCAGUUCCUGGUUUAAAUCUCUGUCACAGUUGACUUGCACUUGCUCUUUUGGUCCAGUCUUCCCCAGAGGAAGUGCUUGCAGCUGCACUCCUGGAAGUGCACCUCCUUCGAGGGGUAAAGGGUAGUGCAGUCACCUGCUCAAGAAUACUGCUGACAGGCAGAAGAAAACAGCGGGUGUUCCUCUAUUACUCUAGUGCAAGCCCUAGUAGCAUUUUUUCCUGAAGUACCUAGACUGUAUUUAUUUUAAAAAGCCAUGAUUUUGGGCUACUGAUUGACACACAGCUGCCUUUUCAAUUGUGCUAGACUGGGACUGCUAGAGGAAACCCUUCCCUGGUAGGAAAGCCCAGAAACAUCAUAGUAGUGGUGGAGUAUGUGUAAUCAGUGCUUUUUAAAUAAACUUUUGAAAUAAGUGUUGUAACAAGAGGAGUUGUAUAUAACUCUAGAAGAGUGGGAAAAGUUAAAUACUCUGGCUGAAGUGAAUUUGGUGAAGGAGACGAACAAAACUAUGGAAGAGCCCAAAAGUUCUAUUAAUGCGUACAGUUUUAAAUCCCUGGCUUCUUCCACUACAAAACUGUGUGAAGAACACAGGAAGAGUCCUGUGCUAUUUAACAGCUGUUAGUCACAGUGACCUUUUUAUGCUGUUACUUGAAGACUGAAGUGGAGGCCAACAGUUAAUCCAUGAAUGGAUUUCACACUGACUCCACAAUGCUUGUUUUGAGGCUCAGAGGAAACAGUUAAAGUAACAAUAUGAGUAGGAUGCCUUUAGGGUAUUAGCUAUAAAUUAAGACGUAGCAUUUAUAAAAUCAUCUAAAAUAUUAAGUACUACAGACUCUGAAUUAGAGAACACUAUACAGUUUCAAGCUUUAUUCUGUAAAACAAGAAUACAAACAUAGAAAAUGCUAGACAGACACUAGAGACAUACACCGACUUAAAACACCACCGUCCCUGGGACUAGAGUCUAGCCGUCUUUAAUAUACAAGGCUUCACACAUUUAAGAUUUUCCUGACAAGCAGCUGCUUUCAGUGUAAAGAGGUACAAAUAACUUUAGAAUCAUUCUGUUGAUUCAUUUUAGGGUUGUUUCUGGUAACAGUCCAGGCUUUGAGCAUGAACUGGCAUGGCAGGAGUGACAUUUUUCUAGUGGCAGAGAGAACUUAAGUCUGCUAGUAGAAUGCAGUUUAUAA